UUUUUUAAAUCCAGACCGAUAUGAGAAGUGACUUAAGCAGCAAGAUUAGAAGAUUUCCAUAUAUUAUCAGUAAGAAACAGUGCUUAGCUAGAUGAAAUUGAAGCUUGAACAGAAGAAUAGUAAUUACUGUGAAGCAUCUUACUUGGGCUUUCCUUGAGACUGCAGUAUUUAGAGAAAGAUUCACCCACUGGUGUGGACCAGACUUUUCCUUGUCUGGCCAUUUGGACAAGCAGCAGUGCGUCAAGGAACAGUGGUGUAGGAAAACUUUCUUGUAAGAUAUAUGCAGGGAUAAUCCAGAAACUGGACUGAAAGAAAACUGAGAGGUGGAAAGUGAGAGCUGAAUGCAAAAACGUAGCGUAAUUUGUGGGAAUUUUGCUGAAGGAAGUAUGCUUCCAUAAGGGUACAGUUUAUUUUCAGUAUAAAAGUGUACAGUGGUGAAAGUCCCCGCUCAGUGUUUUGUGACUUUCAUGUGGCGAAUGAGGUUGUCGGUCUGAAAAGCUGGAAAUUCUUAAUAAAAAAUGGCUAAACUCCUUAUUUGUGACUCCUUAAUCCUAAAGGGAGCUGUACAGGUCGCAAAGCACUAGGGAAAAGUGUGAUUAAUGAUCGGUGAUUAGUGAUAAGUGAUUAGUGGUUUUAUUCAAACUGUUACCUCUGACCAGAAGCACACAUCAGAGGAUUAACAGGCUCUUUAGAUAAAUGCUCAUUAGUGGAAGGGGGAAAGCAAAGAUAAUAGGCGUGCACACAGGGACAACUUUCUAGGAAAAUCAUUCCUGUCUCUGGCAUAAUAAGCUCUAUUAGUCGAAAGGCUCUUUAAUUUAAAAGUUGCUUUUAUCUUGUAAAUCAAAGAUGGAUGCAGAAGUUUGCUGCGCUAUUAUAGCCUAAAUUUUCCCAUAUCCACUAGAUGUGGAUUAUCUCAGUAGUGAUAUUUUAUUAAAAAAAACCCCACACCGCAAUUGAAUCUGUAAGAAACUGAACAUUCCCAAGGGCUAAAGCCCUGCAUCCCGAGGCAUCUGCUCCCAAAGCCUGCUGCUGGCAGCUAACUAGAUGGCGCAGUCCUGUUGUAUGUGAUUAUACACUUCUGGGUUAUGAACUUAGCAAGUAGCAGCUUGCUAGGUGUCCUUCAACACUUAAAACAAAGUUGAUUCUGUGCUGGGUUGGAGGCUAGACAGUGCUAUGAGUUUGUAGUCACAUUUUCCACUUCAGUUAAUCUAGGGAGUUAAAGGCUGCUGGAAAAAUUAGUCUCAUUUUCUGAAAGAGAUGGUGAGAGAAAGAAGAAGAGAAUGAGAGAGGGGCAAAUAGCUACAGCCCGGGACAUAACUCUUGAUUGCACUGUUUUGUACUGCGUAAAUGAAGUACAGUUCUGAUGGCCCUAAUUAAUGAAGCCUGAAAACUCCUGGAAGUUUUUCCCCCAGCUAUCACUGGCAAAGUUGUUUUUUUUUUUUUUUUUUUUUUUUUUUUAAUAAGUCACUAAAAAGAAGGAACAGUUGGUGAGGUGGUUAAACAAAACAACUUGGACCUGACUGUGCUUUACAGAUUAUGAUUUAUGAGGAAUCAAAGAUGAACUUGGAGCAGGAGAGGCCUUUUGUCUGCAGUGCCCCAGGCUGCUCACAGCGUUUUCCAACAGAGGAUCACCUGAUGAUUCACAGGCACAAACAUGAAAUGACUUUGAAGUUUCCUUCAAUAAAAACAGAUAAUAUGUUAUCAGAUCAGACUCCUACACCAACACGCUUUCUGAAGAACUGUGAGGAAGUCGGCCUCUUCAACGACAUUGACUGCUCCCUAGAGCACGAGUUUAGGAAGGCACAAGAAGAAGAGAACAACAAAAGGAAUAUCUCCAUGCAUAACACAGUUGGAGGAGCAAUGGCAGGACCUGGAUCCCACCAGCUGACAAACACAAGGAUGCCAAACCACGACACCAGCGUUGUGAUUCAACAAGCCAUGCCAUCUCCACAGUCCAGUUCUGUCAUUACACAAGCACCUUCCACAAAUCGGCAGAUCGGGCCUGUCCCAGGUUCUCUGUCUUCGCUACUGCACCUACACAACCGACAAAGACAGCCCAUGCCUGCCUCCAUGCCCGGCACCCUGCCCAACCCUACCAUGCCAGGAUCUUCUGCUGUACUCAUGCCUAUGGAGCGACAAAUGUCGAUGAACUCCAACAUCAUGGGGAUGCAAGGGCCGAACCUCAAUAAUCCAUGUGCUUCACCUCAAGUUCCCCCAAUGCAUUCAGAAGCCAAAAUGAGAUUGAAGGCAGCGCUGACUCAUCAUCCUGCCGCCAUGUCGAAUGGGAAUAUGAACACCAUGGGCCACAUGAUGGAAAUGAUGAGCUCGCGACAGGACCAGACACCGCACCAUCAUAUGCACUCACAUCCUCAUCAGCACCAGACACUGCCACCUCAUCAUUCGUACCCACAUCAGCACCAGCAUCCGGCACACCAUCCUCAUCCUCAGCCUCACCACCAGCAGAACCAUCCCCACCACCACUCCCACUCGCACCUUCACGCACACCCGGCACACCACCAGACCUCACCGCACCCCCCGCUGCACUCGGGCGGACAAGCACAGGUUUCGCCGGCGGCACAGCAGAUGCAGCCCACGCAGACGGUACAGCCACCACAGCCGACUGGAGGUCGCCGGAGGAGGGUGGUGGACGAAGACCCAGAUGAGAGGAGGCGGAAAUUUCUGGAAAGGAACCGAGCGGCUGCCACGCGCUGCAGACAGAAGAGGAAGGUCUGGGUGAUGUCACUGGAAAAGAAAGCAGAAGAGCUCACCCAGACAAACAUGCAGCUUCAGAACGAGGUUUCCAUGCUGAAAAAUGAGGUAGCACAGCUGAAACAGUUAUUGUUAACACAUAAAGACUGUCCGAUAACAGCUAUGCAGAAAGAAUCACAAGGAUAUCUAAGUCCCGAGAGCAGUCCUCCUGCAAGCCCAGUCCCAGCUUGCUCCCAGCAGCAAGUCAUCCAGCACAACACCAUAACGACCUCCUCCUCCGUCAGUGACGUCGUGGGAAGCUCCACUCUCACCCAGCUCGCCAGCCACAGAACAGACAUCAACCCCAUCCUUUAAAAGUGGUUGAUCAGAAACUGCUGGGGGAGUGUGGUACCGUAUCAAAGCGUCCUCUCUGCUAAGGACAUUUGCAACCGUAACUCAAGCCUGGAAGAUUCCUCAGUUCUUGAAAGACUCUGCCUGUUCAUUUU